AUGUACCGAAUGGUAUGGCAGCAAGCAUCGGAUCAGUUGCUGCACAAGAUUUUCUGGAGGGAUUCAAGUCAGGAGCCACUAAAAACGUAUAAGCUCACCACAGUCACCUACGGCACAUCAUCUGCGCCUUAUCUUGCUACUAGGUGCCUGAACAAGUGCGCGGACGAGGGUGCGGAGCGCUAUCCUGCAGCUGCAGCUGUCGUUAAAAAGUGUUUUUAUGUAGAUGAUAUGCUGGCAGGAUCACACACAAUAGAAGGAGGGAAGCAGCUAUGCAAAGGCGUGCUAGAGCUUCUGAAAGAAGACGUGCGCGAAGUUCUUGAUCUGGACGAAAAGGCUACCGUGAAGACACUGGGUCUCACAUGGGAACCGGCAGCAGAUAAGUUUUGGAUCAAGGUUCCCUACUGGAAGCCUGAAGGGCAUGUUACCCAUCGGAUUGUGUUGUCCGAAAUAGCACGCCUGUUCGACCCUUACGGACUAGUGGGUCCUGUAAUAGUUCAGGGAAAGAUAUUCCUACAAGAUCUUUGGAAGGCUAAAUACACAUGGGAUGAAUUGCUGUGCGCCGAUCUACAUUCACGUUGGUUAGAGUUCAGAAGCAAUCUAGCCGACUUAGACGCGGUGUCAGUUCCACGAUGGAUUGGCUUUGGUAAAGACGUGAUCACUUGUGAAUUCCAUGGGUUCAGCGAUGCUAGCGACAAGGCCUACGGAGCUGUCGUCUACUUACGCUGUGUGAACUUGGACGGAAGAGUAACGGUCAAUUUGAUGAUGGCCAAGUCAAAGGUUGCGCCAUUGGAAGAUCUCAGCCGCAGGAAGAAGAAACAAUCCACACCUCGCCUGGAAUUGUCGGCUGCGUUACUGUUGGCUCAUCUGUACGAGAACGUCAAAGGCAGUCUGGAGAUUUCAGCGCCUGCUUUCUUUUGGACGUUAAGUACCUCGAUCUCGUCACACCCAUCGAGGUGGCAAGUCUUCGUGAGCAAUCGUGUGUCGGAGAUUCAGCAUGCCACGAAAGGUGGCGUCUGGAAUCACGUUCCGGGAAUUGAAAAUCCGGCCGAUAUCAUAUCGCGAGGAGCUACACCGGCGCAGCUACAGUUCGACUCGGUAACUCUGGAGGAGAGGCCACUUGUGUCCGCAGCUCUUCAAGCUCUUCCUCCAAGUAAUGUAUUUACACUUCGUUCUUCUUUGUUGAACCUUGUUCGACUGACCGCCUGGAUACGUCGAUUUUCUACCAAUUGCCAACAAGGAAACAGCCAGCAACGGAGAACUGGAUCACUGAGUGCUGAGGAACACAACUCGGCGCUGCUAGCGUUAGUGAAGCUAGCCCAAUCGGAAUGCUUUCCACUAGAAUUGGCGGAUAUUGUAGCUAAAAAUGAAGUAAGACCAACUUCAAAACUACACAAUCUUCACCCUGUUAUGAUUGAUGGGAUAAUCUGUGUUGGUGGCCGGCUCGGAAAUGCUCCGAUCUCAUCAGGUCGCAGACAUCCAAUGAUCUUGGAUAGCCAUCACCCGUUAACUAAGCUAAUUCUGAUUGAUUAUCAUCAUCGACUACUUCAUGGAGGACCUCUGUUGAUGAUAGCGUGCGUUCGUGAAAGAUUUUGGCCGCUGAGCGUCCGGAAUCUCGCCAGGAGAGUCCUACACGAGUGCAUUAGGUGCUUCAGAGCAAGGCCACGCGUGCAUGAGCAGUUGAUGGGAGACCUUCCGCUCGAACGAGUGUCACCAGCGCCUGCAUUCCAGCGAGUUGGCAUAGAUUAUUGCGGUCCGUUCGAGCUUCAACCGGCAACUCGGAAAGGGGCACCGAUCAAGUGCUACCUUUGUCUAUUCGUAUGUUUAGCCUGCAAGGCCGUGCAUAUAGAGGUCGUUAUGGAUCUCACCAGCGAUGCUUUCAUAGCCGCACUCAGGAGGUUCACCGCAAGACGCGGAAGGCCAGUCCUGAUACUUUGCGACAACGCUACCAACUUUGUUGGAGCGCGAAGACAAUUGUACGAGCUACACAACAUUUUUCGGCAAGAUCAGUUCCAGGAUCGAGUUUCAACGGAAGCGGCUCUAGACUCAAUUGAGUUUAAGUUCAUUCCCGCCAGAUCUCCCAAUUUCGGCGGCUUGUGGGAAGCCGCAGUGAAGUCGGUGAAAGGACAUAUGCGGAGAGUGAUCGGAAACAGAAUGCUGAAGUGCGAUGAAAUGCAAACGGUUGUCGCACAAAUUGAAGCUUGCCUUAAUUCGAGGCCGUUAACUCCAAUGAGCAACGAUCCCACGGAUUUGGAGGUUUUAACGCCGGGGCACUUCCUCAUCCAGCGACCGCUUACUGCAGUGCCUGAACUGAGUCUCAGCGAGCUGCCAGAGAAUAGGCUCAGCAGAUGGCAGCGGGUUCAGCAAUACAGCCAGGUGAUCUGGAGACAAAACUUCGUCGAAGACUUCAACGUUACUUUGCCGUACCACAGCCACUCCAGCACUGCGUUACAUGCCCCCAUCGGGGCAAACUUUGGCAGAAUGGAGAUCUCGUCCAUUAUCGCCAGGGGGCGAUCGAUAAGUUAUGUCAUUCCAUUUGUUGUUAUGUCUCGGAUUCAAGUCGUCUCGUUCUUUGGCAGUAUUCGAGUCAGGAUCUUACGGUUGCAACACCAUGGCAGGAGUAUGAGUAUCCAGAAGUCAUCGAGAAUUGAUUCGCGGGUGCUUUCGCUGAAGUGCGAACCGGGAGUAUCCCACAAGUGUUCAUCAUCAAUUCUAAAGUUCCACUCACAGAUGUAG